CUUGAAAUCAUUAACGAAGCUCCCCACGUCAGGCUGUCUUAUGGGUGCUUUCUCCUACUUUGUGGUAGGAUGGCAGACAUAUGGGGCAGCAAGAGGAUGUUCCUCUUUGGGUCUGCAUGGUUCAGCGUGUGGAGUGUCGCGACUGCAUUCGCCAAGAAUCCUCCAGCUUUUAUUGUGUUCAUGGCACUCCAGGGCAUCGGCUCUGGUGUGUGCCAUUCUUUCCUCUUCUACAUCAUAUCCUCAUACUUUGAAGCAGGAAAGAAAAAGAACAGGGCCUUUGCCUUCUUGAGCACUGGGCAGCCUAUCGGCUUCAUCAUUGGUAUGAUCCUUGGUGGUUUUCUGUCUGAGUCUACCGUGUCGUGGCGGACAAUCUUCUGGUUGCAAGCUGGGCUGGGCGCCGUCCUCUGCAUGUUGGGAUGGUUCAUUCUCCCAAAAGACGACAUAACUCAGAGGUACAGCAUAGGUCUGGACUGGAUCGGUGCCAUCCUCGGUACCACAGGUAUCGGCAUGCUUGUCUCAGACUUGGCGGAAUCUACCGCAAAACCCAAGGGCUGGGCGUCGCCCUUCAUCCCGUCCCUCCUCGGCACGUCCGUCCUGCUCCUCAUCUCUUUUGUGCUAUGGGAACUGCGCCGCGAGGCGAAGGGGCAGUCUGUACUCCUUCCCAUGAGCAUGUGGACUCAGCCCGGGACAAAGAUGGCUCCUGUAAUCCUUCUCGUCUUCUUCAGCUGGUGGGGUUUCAAUACCCUUAGUUACUAUAUACCCCUGUUCUUUCAACAAGUGCAAGGCUUAUCCCCGCUUCAAACGGUCCUUCGCCUCGUGCCCAUGGGCAUCUCCGUAUGGCAGAUUUUAGUCGUGGCAGGCCUCGUCUGUGCCAUGGUCAGUCUCGAUCCCACAUGCACUAGACCGCGAUUACUCACACCCGGGCAGGCGUCCUCCAUUAAUUUUGCCCUGGUGGAUGUCGACGCCACGUACUGGUCUAUGCUAUUCCCUUGUAGUGUCCUUCUCCCUAUCCUCGAUGUCGCCUACACGGUGGCGAACAUCCAGGUGUGCUCGAGCUUCCCCGCCCACUCGCAAGCGCUAGCGGGGAGCAUCUUCAACGUCGCAACCCGCGUAAGCCCUCCUUUCUCUUCUUCUCAUCCAUCCUUACCGGUGUCCCGCAGCUCGGAACCUCCAUCGGUCUAG